AUGUGGCAACUCAUCAAGAAGGUGGUAAAGAAAAAGACGUCAAGUGCACUCCAUCACAGUCCAGUUAAAUAUGCCCAAGAUCUUGUUGAGACCUGGUCACAGCAAUCUAGUGUUCAUAGCCUUCCUUCACAUAUACAAGAGCUGCUCUCCUCUCAGAAAACCCGUCGUGCCCUACACCUGUCAGCAGCCCUGCUAAGGAAAGAUGAGGAAGAAGACAUACCAAUAACAAAGGAUGAACUUCGUCGUGCUCUUGCUAGCAGUAGGGCAUCAGCCCCAGGUGAUGAUGGCAUCACAUACUCCGUCUUGCGCCUCCUCCUGAAGGUCACCGAUGAUCCCCUACUACAUCUUUACAACCUUUGCCUCCGACAUGGAUAUGUGCCGCAAGGUUGGACAAAGAGCCUCAUUGUACCUGUUCCUAAGCCUGGCACUGACAAGUUUAGACCAAUAUCCCUUACAUCAUGCUUCUGUAAAGUGCUGAAGCGUAUCCUCUUAAAUCGCCUUAUGUAUCGCCUUCAGGACAAACUAUCAUCCAGGUUAUAUGGAUUCCUGCCCCAACGCAGCACACACCAUUGUCUAUUGGAGCUUUACACUCGCCUCUCCUCUACAAGUCUUGUCGCAUUCAUUGACCUGAAAAGUGCCUUUGACAUUGCAAAUCCAGAUGUGAUCCUCGACCAGCUUGUGGACUUUGGUAUUAGUGGCAAUCUCUUGCGAUGGAUACGAGGGUACUUAAGCAACAGAUCAUCCUAUGUCCUCUUUAAAGGUUCCUGCAGCACACGUAAGUGCUUUGGCCUUGGGACUCCACAGGGAGGUGUCCUUAGCCCAUUUCUUUUCAAAAUCCUUAUGCACCGCCUCAUAUCCCAGCUCCCUGCCAUCCCAGGGACUACAAUUACGUGCUAUGCUGACAACAUCUGCAUUCACUCCAACUCACCAGAAGAUCUACAGCGCUUACUUCAUCUACUUUUCGAAUCUACCUCUUCAUGUGGCCUCAUCAUCUCUCCUGAAAAAAGUAGGAUCUUCUCUCUACUAAACCCACGAACACUACCUGAAUUUCUAGUGGGCCCCAGCAUUAUACCAUUCUGCACACAGUAUCUUUACUUGGGUGCUCCAGCUCGAGUCCAUCCUACGGUACCAGCACGUCAACGUGUCCAUCCCAUUGUUCAGGAAUUACUGACACGGCUACAACGGCGCCUUGAACCCCUUCACUGGUUAACCAACAAUGCUGCUGGGGUCUCCAUUCCUGUGGCCAGAAAUAUUUAUACAGCUUUUAUCCGUUCAGUAGUUGAUUACCUAUCUCCAACUUUUAGUCAACUCUCCAAGACAGCGCUAGAUCCCCUAGAAAAAUUUCAGAAUAAGGCAAUGCGCUGCAUUCUAGGAUGCCCAAUGUCCACAAGGAUUGCUAACAUGCAGCAGGAGCUUCAUCUCCUUCCUCUUGUGGAACGAAUCUAUGCCAAUGUAACAUUCUUUACUGUUAAGUGUCUCCACUCAUCCAGUCUUGCUCAACAUUAUGCAGGCCUUAUUAAUAUGUCUCUGGAUCCCAAUUCUCGUCCCCCACAACUCCGACCAGGUGGCUGUGCUCUUAUUAGGAAUGUUUGCCGAGACCUUAGAAGAUUGGACAUUAAUGUUCCCCAAGAGGAAGUUGACCAUGGUCCUCCCCCGUGGCAGAUUCCUCCUCUAGCAGUUUCCUACACUCCCACCUGUAGGAGGGACUUACCCUGCCAACAGAAACAACUAGCCCUAGAGACCAUUGACAAAGUAAGGUCUUCCAUUCCUGCCUCUCACACCCUCUACAUUGACGGUUCCUUACAAAUUGAUGGAACUGCAGGCUGUGCUGUCUUCUCUCCUACCAUGGAACCACCGUAUGGGGGAUGGACUGGACGCCGUCUGCAGGACUGGUCAAGCUCUACCUCCUGUGAACUGCAUGGGCUCCUAGAUGCUGUUAGCCUACUUCUACGGACCAGAAGUAAUGGAUUAGUUAUUUGUGACUCGCAGUCUGCUCUUCGUGCCCUCUCCUCGCCAAAGCCUGAAGCCCGUAGCUUAGUCAAUCAAAUACUGCGCCAUCUAGUCACAGCCAUUGAACAUGCACUUGUAAUACAUUUCAUAUGGAUUCCUUCGCAUGUUGGAGUAACAGCGAAUGAAGUUGUAGACCGUCUUGCCAAAGCUGCCUGUAGGUUUGUCUUACCUGCGGCUGACGUCUCGCCAGCAACCCUCUCCUACUACAAGCGGAGGAUACGUGCUUCCGCUCAUUUGUCAACCACCCGGCGCAGGAACGCCGAGCGGCCAGCGAGCGUAAGCAUCCAGCAUUACGACCACUUUGCCUCUCAUCCCUACAAAUACCGACGCCGCGGUCUGUUGGUAAGAAGACACAAUGUGGUGGCUGCCCGGCUCCGGUUAGGCUACAGACCAGUGUGGCAGGUGGGCGAGUCAGAGGACGUGCCUCAGUACUCAUCGUCGAUCAUAUUGCAGACUCGCCCACCCCAACAGAGGGAGUUUUGGUGUGCAAUAUUUUUUGAAAAGUCUAGGGAUGAAAACCCAUAUUUCAGUAUAUACUAUAUCAGGUCUCAGCUUUCUCUUAUUCUUCUUUCAUUUGCUCUCUUUAACGACUACGGUAUUUCACCAGGUUUUCAAGGGGAAUCAGAUUUUGAAAUUGCCUCACUUGCUGAUCUCUCCACCAAACUGGCUACUAACGAUACAACACUCAAGUCUCUUAUUGAAGCCCAACAGGUUGUCAUCACUUCUGUUACAUCAUUUACCGAGAAGUUUGAUUCACUAGCUACUCGUUUAGAAACAAUCACCACUCCCACAGUGGGAUGUGUCACUCGUGGCUCAUAUCGAAGCAAUAAUAUACCCGCAUCUUCCACCUCAUCUGGCUCACGCAAACAUAAGAGUAUUGUUCACUAG